AUGGAGGUCCAGCAGGGAGGAGCCCCUGCCCCAGCGGCGGAGCUAGUGGUCUCCCUCCGCGAGUUCACGCUGUCGGACGCGGACGCGGAGGCGUUCAUGUCGUGGGCGUCGGACCCUCGCGUGGUCCGCUUCCAGCGCCGCGACGCCUACGAGCACGUCGACCAGGCCCGCCGGUACAUCGCCGACCACGUCCUGCCUCACCCGUGGUACCGCGCCAUCUGCGCCGGCGCCGGCGCGCCCCUCCCCGUGGUCGGGUCCAUCUCCGUGAAGCCGGGACCCGCCGAGGACGGGCGGCUGUUCAGGGCGUCCGUGGGGUACCGCGUGGCGCACGCGCACUGGGGCCGCGGCGUGGCGACGCGCGCGGUGCGGGCAGCGGCCGAGGCCGUGUUCGCGGCGUGGCCGUGGCUGCUGCGGCUGGAGGCCGUGGCCGACGUGGAGAACCCGGCGUCGCAGCGCGUGCUGGAGAAGGCCGGGUUCGUCAGGGAGGGCGUGCUGCGGAAGUACAUCCUGCUCAAGGGCCGGCCCAGGGACAUGGUCAUGUUCAGCAUCGUCGUCGAUGCGGAUACGGACCGUCGGCGGCAGCAGAACAAGCCCGAUGGGCCGUAG